UAUGUUAGUGUGAGGAGGAGGACGCUGAGCUGCCUCCACUCUCUUAUUACCUUCAUAUUUCAUUAUUUAUACAAUAUUUGAAAUGGCCUGUAGUAUAUUUAAUCAAAAGCGUGUUGAUGAUGAAGAGACCAUACGCUAUUGGCUGUUUCCCCAUCACAAGGAUGGCACACCUGUGGUGGAGGAGACCAAGCUCGAAGAACUGACUGUUCAGAUGCUUGCCCAUCUUGCUCAAUAUACCCAUCAGUAUAUAUGGAACAACCAAUCGUUCACUCUUAAAGUACAAAAGCAAGAAGUGUGUGACGAGGCCUCGGGUGUGCUUGGUCCUCACGUGAGUGGUGUAACAGUGGUGGGAGACUUACUGGAAGAUGAAUGGUUCAUUGUCUUCCUCCUCCUCACCCUCACACGAGACUUCCCAGGGUUAGUGUGUAGGUGUACUUGUACGGGGGUGAAGUUCACUUGAUCCCUGUGGCACGGUCACCAGCCUCGCUCUCACCACUGCCUUGUGGCACUCCCUCCAUCAUGGAUGCUGUCAGUACCGUCACCCGCCUCCCCCAACACACCAGAGCGUCACCCAAGGUCCAGAGCGCACUCACCCUCAGAGUAGAUGGGUACCCUGGCAAGAUCAGCAGAGAGCAGCACGUUGCCCACGCCUGCGUGCCCGUGGGCGUGGCUGCCCUCCUAAGGGAGUACCCUACCCUGGUUGCCCCUGCCGUCCACGCCUUCUGCAGGAGAGAUCUCAUAGACAACAAGGUGUUAAGAGUAAUGCGGCACUUCCCCCCUGAGACACGUGUCAUGACAGCUGUCCGCUUCAGCAAAGCUCUGUAUGCUCAGCUCUCAGCUCACCGCUACACUCCUGACUCUCGCACUGGCUGGAAUAUGCCUUCCCCUCUACACCCGGAGUUUAAAGCUCGUGAUGUUGGCAUGAAACUGGCUUGUGGUUUUGAAUUGUUGGUGUGUAGUGCUGGUGGAGUGACGCCAGUCUCUACGCCCUCUGACACUUCUACUCCAGACAUCAACUCACAACUUGAUCUAGCUGCCAAUCCUCGAUGGACUCGUUAUCUACAAUCUCUAAUUGAAAAAGGAUAUUUUCGGGGUGAACUAGAAGGCUCAAAGCUGUACAAAGAUCUGGAGGAGCGUGCUCGCCAGUUCUUCAUAACAAACAUCUUGUCUGGGGCCAGCUCUGAGGAUAACGAUGUUCUCUCUGCUGGGGCCAUCAUCAUCAAGCUGCUCGGAAAAGUUAAUGUUGAUUAUGAGUUUUACAAGGAAAGGGCAACAAGGCUUGUUCCCCCAGAUGAUGAUAGUUGGCUGCAGAUUACGCCCGAUGCUCUGGAUGAAUUACUUGAAGCUCAGUUUGGCAGUAUGGAUGUGCCUAAAGGUGCGGAUGAAGCAGAAAUGAUGAACUCGCUCUCAGCUUUCCUUGGGCACAUGUCUGAUCUAGAAGGUGCGGAGGUGCCAAAAGACCUGCAAGAUCGGAUUAGGAAGCUCUCGACACUUUCUACCGGACGAAAGAGCAGUAAAGGGAGAAAACCUUCUAGUCUUAUGGUGAAUCCUCAACUCCGUAAGGUCUCCGCACAAUCAACUGCUUCUGACACAUCUAACUUUUCUGAUAUGUCUUCGCUCUCCAACAAAAUUGACUUUAAUGCAGAUUCCUUCACUGAUGCAAUGGCUAAUAUCUUGGAACUAGGUGUCCCUGAGGAUGAUUACUGGAAUCAUUCAGAAGAUGAAUCAUCGGGCAUGAGUAGUUAUGGAGAAGAAGAGACAGGUGAUGUGAGUCUGAGCCGCAAGUCAUCCAACACACAGAAAUCUGCCGCAUCAACUGUGUCGGCAUCAUCAUCAGGCGUCGACACACACAUGAAGGAAUACAUGAGGGAGAUGGAGAGAGAACUAGCAGCCACCAACCUCGCAGACACAAUAACUUCCAACCACAAUGAAAGUGAUGGUGAUGAUGAAUUUGAUGAUGUGGAGGAUUUUUCACCAGUGAAGGUAGACAUGAAAGCUGUACAAGAUUUGGUCAAAACAUACACUGCACAAAAUGGCAUGCCAGGGCCAGCUUCUUCACUUCUGGGCUCUAUGGGUAUCAAGCCUAAAAAAUUGUAGUUCUUCUCUCAGCCUUGUGAAGUAAUUUUGGUGUUAAUCUAAUGCACAAGCAUUUACAGAUGUUAUUACAGUCUGCUCUCUUAUAAUGCUCCUAUAUAUAGUGUUACAUUAUUUUA